CUUCUAUUUAGGCUUCAUGGUGCGUUCAGAGUUUGUUUUCUAGUUUGACUCCUACCUCCAGCCUUCGCCUCGGAGAAAAGACAUGUGGUCUCCUCCACAGCUUAGCAGCAGAGAACCGCCCAGUUGGUCGUCUGUCACCACUGCUCUAUUACCUUCUCUAGCUUGCUACUAUGUGAGCGCCCUCCUCACUGUUCGAUCCUACUCUUUUCUUGUCCGCAUGUGUUUUUUGCCAAUAACACUGGGCAUGCUGUACCGAUGUUCUGUAUCUCUCGAUAUGGCGUAUAUGGACGGGGCCGUCCGGAAUGAUUGUUUGAAUUGCCGAAAUGAAACAUUGUUGGCGGGAAUGACUUUCUUGGGUAUGCGCGCUAUAGCCUGGACCGUUUCCGCCACUCCGCCUAGAAGGCUAGAUUCCAAGAAACCCAGCGCCAUGCAGCUAUGCUUCACAGGCAGGUACCACGAGUGGAACUUGUCUUCAGGACUCCAUGUACCAGCGGAAUGGCGUCCGACGAAUUCAAGAACUAUGUUUGUGCUCGCUACACUGGCUCCCCAGCUCAUCCACACCCCUCUCUCACCGAACACGUUCGGAUCCCCAACGGGUGGUACCAUUUUUACUGCCAAUGGUGUCCCCGACCUGCAUUCCACAUAUAUAACCCUCCUUAGUGGCAUAGUCCUCUACAGUGCCACCCAAUCUGCAUAUGAUGCUUGUGCAAACUUUUGCGUCUUCUUCCUCCAACGGAAUCCCACACAGUGGCCCUCGUUCUUUGACCGUCCAUGGCAAUCGACAUCUUUGCACCAUUUUUGGGCUAAAGGAUGGCACCAGUUCGUAGCCCCGGGCGGCAGACCACUGUACGCGCUUGGCUUUGGACGUACCGGUGCAGUUCUCGGCUCCUUCACUGUCUCUAGCAUACUUCACAUUUCCAGCCACUGGGGUCUGGGACGCUGUUCCGAGUGGGCUACUAUGGGGGGGUACUUUAUCAUUCAAGGCGUCGGCGUCGUCUUGGAAGGAAUAUGGAAGAAGGUGACUGGGUAUCGGGUUGGAGGCAUUCUGGGCUGGCUAUGGACCGUCGCUUGGGUGGUAGGAUGGGGAAAUAUAGUAAUUGAUGCAUGGGCAAGGGCAGGGCUUAUUGGUAGUGUUUUUUUCCCAAAUGGGAUGAGACCCAUCACUGGUUCUGGUACUUCAUUUGUGACGGUCGUCGUCAGGAUUGGAUAG